AUGCCCGCGGGCGCGGCGCGGGCGGCCAGCGCCCGCGGCAGCCGCGCCAAGAGGCGGCGAGGCGACGGGGCCGCCGGCGCCGAGGCCACGCAGGAGCCGCCGGAGCCUGCUCGGGCAAGCCGGAAGCAGGCUCCAUCACCGGAGGUCGCGGCGCUUGCCGAUGGUGCAGAAGGGGCGGCGGCGGCCGGCGAGGGUCGCGCGGGGCUGCUGCGCGAGCUCGUGCGCGGCUUCGCGGGCGCCGAGGGCCGCGACUACGCGGAGGUGCUCGGGGUCAUCGCAGGCGCCGCCGCGGCUUGCCAGGAGGCCGCGCCUGCGGGCGGCCCCCCCGGCGAGAGCCGGGACCCCGUGCGCGCGCUGGAGGAGGCCCUGCGCAAGAGCCCGCGCUGCCGCCGCGCCCGCGUGCGGGUGCGCCGCAUCCGCAGCGCGGAGGAGCUGGGCGCCCUGUGACCCCGCGGCGCGCGCCGCGGCAGGGUUUCUCGCCGGCCUCGCGGACUAGAGGGGAGCUGGCCCCGCUGCGGCAGCACCGCAGGCGCGCGCUCCCGGCGGCCUCUGCGCGCCGCCGGCACCGGAGGUCGCUCAAGACUGAGCGGCCCGCGCGGUGGCAGAAGAGAAGCUCGCCAUGCGGCGCACCGCCCUGGGGGCCAGGGGCCCCGCGCGACAGCAGUCGGACCCCCGCUUCCUGCACCCAUCUGGGCCGUGCGGCUCCGAUUCCGUUUGACCGCGCGCCGAAG